AUGAUUAAACAACAGCAACCACAACAACUUAAGGCGCAAAGCGCCCAGGUCCUUCAGACCAUUACAUACGCCAUAUAUGCAUAUAAUUCAAAGACGGCAGAACAAACGCAAAGGUUGAAAUAUGGAGAUUUGGAGAUAGUAUUGAAAAAUGACCAUUUCGAAUUCGUUUGCAAAGGUGGUGCAGUGAUAUCAAAUAUAAAAGAAAUUUUAUUUAUGAAUUCAAAAAUUAAAGGAAUAACGGAUGAUAUAACAUCAAUUCCACCAGAAGAACAGAGAUAUUACGCAUUAAAUGCAUUUCCUAAAGUUUUGAAGAUUGGAAGAUUUAAUUUAAAUGAGGAAUUCAUAGAAGGUUUCCUAAACGACAUAAUGAAGAAGGUGGAUAAGGAAUAUGUGGAUAGUGAGUUAAAUAAGAAGGUAGAUAAGGAAUAUGUGGAUAGUGAGUUAAAUAAGAAGGCAAAUUUGGUUUAUGUUGAUGAAAAAGAUAAUGAAAUUAAAGAAAAGGUUGAAUGGUAUCAUGAAUGGACAUUUGAGACUUUUAAAGUUAAAGCUGAUACAGGAUGGGUUUCAGGAUGUUUAGACCUUAAAGCAGAUAAAACUUAUGUUAACGAUGAGUUAGAGAAGAAGGCGGAUAAGGAAAAAGUUAUUUCAUUCAUUAAUACUGAGUUAGCAAAGAAAGCUGAUAUAUCAUUUGUGUCAUAA